AUCCGCCGCUGGUGGUACUGAUCGCUCUUCUGCAUAUGCGCUGAAUUUCAGGUGUUCACAUAGCCUAUAUUUUUCUUCUCGCCUUGUAUUGGCUAUCGCGCACCCUCAGUUUCGUUUCUUGUGGUUCGCCUUCGCGUCAACCAGUCUCCAAUGCUGUAACUGGCAGACAGCCUCUGUCGCUUUUGUCGCAGCGACGUCUGGAUAAAUCACAAUCCUCUUCAGGUGCUUUACAAAGUUGCGACGCACUGCAGAAAUCGGUUGAUGAAGGAUUCCAUCUGGCGGGACCGGCCACAAGGACGUCAUUUGUUCCCAGCCCCAAAGUGAAACAUUCAACACCAGCUUCUACAUAGCUAGCCGUUCAGCGCAUUCCCGAUAACAUCAGCACCGGCACAAACAUCAUGGAGAGGCCGCGGGGUCUGGGUGGCAUGACCUUUGGCGAAGCCGUCAUUAUGGACAGCGAAGACGGCAAUGGGCGCCAGCAAAGCGCCGAAGUUGCGCCCACUGCUGCCCAAUUCCGAUCGCCAAUGACAUCCAGGACCCGCUCGCUGUCCGACAGCACAGGCACGCCCUCGAAGCUCUCCCCCAGUCCGCGAAUCGUCGAGACGUCGAGACGAACCUCCAAGGAUGACAGCAGCAUCAUCCACCUGCCGCCGCCCGAGACGCCGCGACGCUCGGAGCUGAGAGGCCUGUCGAUCCAGAUGCCGCCUCGGCAAUUCACUCCACCACCGGGAACCCCAUCCGGCGCCUACAUACGGCCAGCUCCGUUGUCGCCCAAGCUGGAUCACUCGCACAUGUACGCCUCUCCUACAAAUCUCCUACCCCGCCGCUCCCGUGGCCUCGACUUCUCGCGCGCGGCGACCAGCCUCCACCAUUCGAUCCUAGCCGAACAGCCUUCUCCCGACUCGUCACCAAUGCUAACGGACCGAGCGAUGAACAUUCCCCCUCGUCGGGGCCCAUAUGGGGGGACAGAACAGACAUCGACCUCGUUGUGGUCUAUGAUGGGCAACCAGGAGCGACUUAAUAUCAGCACUUCACUCGGAAGCAAUCACGCGCCACCGUCAGACUCGUCCAGCUCCUCCUCCUCAGAUGAGGAUAUGGACGAAGACAUGGAUGAAGCCUACGUAACAACUCCUCAAGUAUCAAAGAUGGGUAUGCCUCCAGUGCCGGGUUCGCCCUCGAUAGGCAGCCUCGCAAGCUUCCAGCACAGGCAACGGCACCAUCGCAAGCAUCCCAAAAUGAAGCCCCGCGGCCCUCUAGGCCUUGGAUUCAACCUCGCUUCCGCCGUCCUCUCCAAGUCGCCACCGGCCAAUUCGGCUGCAGCGCGAGCUAGGCGGGAGAGUAUAAGCUGGCAAGCGAACCAAUUGCACAUCUCUUCGGGAGAUGUCGAUGAGGGCGGUGCCGGAGAGGGGAGCAGUGGCGACCAGAGGAAUGUGAUACGGCGAGUUGUGACGCGGCGGGGCAACCUUUUGGCAAAAGCUUUUGCGCGCAUCCGGGCAGCGCUUGCUGAAGAGGGGUCGCCGGCUGAGGCCGAAUUCAUGAGGGAGGCAGAAAUCGUGAAGCAAGUCCGUGAAAGCGACAUCGACCUCGAGCCUCGCCAUCAGCCUACAGGAGGGGAUACAAAUGCCAUGACAACGGCUCACUCAUCGCCCAAUCUGACCGGCAAUCAAGAGACCCUGGAAGAUAUCCCAGCAGACGACUCAAUAGGCGAUUUGGGCACGAGCGUGUCGAGCAGCUUCAAGCAGCAGGCCAGGAAAAAUUCCAAAGGCAAGCAGUUUUGGGAUACCUUUUCUGAAUCCAGUGGGGCAAGAACGCCUCCUCCAGCGUCAGCUCUUCUACCUCGAGGUUCAUCGUCGGGGAUGAGUGAAGACACUAAUAUGGACUCGCCCUCCCUGAGCUCCGCUGCUUUUCACGUAAGUACACAACACCCAUUUCACAAUGGUCAAUUACCUAGCGCAGCAGAAAUCACACGGCGAAUCAACAACAAACGCCGUCGAGACGAUGACUUUGACCCGACAAGCUUCAAGCGCCGUGCCGUCAGCCCCAGCAUCAGUGCACACAACUCGCCCAUUGUACAGAGCCCAAUGCAACGCGAUGUGAUGCCCUGGGGCUCCCGGCCAGGUAGUACUGGUGGAGAGAGGGGAAGCAGUGGGCAGAGUGAAUCGGGGAGUUUGGGCGGAACGCCAGCGAAUCCCCCCAUAGGCUCGACGGGCCAAGUCAGCAGGAAGGGGAGGGUUGGUUUGCAAGGCAUGGUCGAUACGAACGACGGCAUCAUGCGGAUGAGUAUUGAGUGAACAGGGCGCAUAUCUGGCGGGCUACUUACUUCGCAUUGUAUUCAUGAUCUUAUCGUGAACGUGGGAUGGAAGACGGGGGAGGCUUUAUUGCAUUGUACGGCGUUGGUGAUCCUGCCGGGAUGGACUGGCAGAAGCGAACUAUGGAACUACGGGACACAGUGUAUUAACUCAUGUAUCAAAGGGGCGGUAUAACCAUGUAUGAUUAUUUGGAGCGUUUACAACAUUUUGCGUCAAUUCAUAAGAAGUCAGAUUUGUAC